CAACAGCACACGUGAAUGGGCAGGUAUUUUCCGUUAAAUCCUGCAACUUUUUUAUCGAACCUUGAAGCAAGGCAUCUUAAACCUUCCUUCAAUUCCACGAAAAUCUCCUUCAAUUCCCCCCAAACAAGGUGAAAAACGAAUCAAAUCUCCUUCACCACCCUCAAUUUCACUCCAAAUCAACACCAAUUGCAGUUAAUCCGCAGAAAUGGCCACUCAUUUCCACCCACCUCACUCACUCGCCACCGCCGCAACCGCCCUCCGCCGCCGUAACGGAGGGAGUAAUUUUUUCACCAUCUCAGAGAAAACACUUCCAUGGCGCUCCGUGCAUAUUUUAGGGAAUCAGCACAGUGCGAUGAGCAUUUCGAGAAUCGCGGGAUUUUCCAGAGUGAAGGCUGCGAAUGAGAGCGCGGACUCGUACUUGGACAUGUGGAAGAAGGCGAGGGAGCGCGAGAGAAGCUCGCUGCAGUUCGAGAUAAUGGCGGAUAAAACGGCGGAGGAUUCGGGGGAGGAGAGCGCGGAGGAUUUGGAGAAAAGGAGCCGAGAGUUCGAGAAGCUUCUAGAGGUUCCGCCGGAGGAGAGGGAUAAGGUGCAGAGAAUGCAGGUGAUCGAUCGUGCCGCCGCGGCGAUUGCGGCCACCAGAGCGUUGAUCAAGGACAGCGCGCCUCCGCAGCCGGAGACCGGAGAGCUGGACAUUCUCAGUGGUGGUGAGGAGGGCGAUCUCGAUGAGGGGAGGGAAAUUGCCAGCAUUUCGGUGCCACAGUCUAGUAACUCGACCAGCGGAACGCCAGGUCCAAGUUUCUGGGCUUGGGCACCUCCUCUACAAGAUGAUGGCGGUGAAGGUGAUGAUUCUUUCGGCAGUGCUAAACUCAAGCCAGCGUCUCCAUUUUCAGCUCCAAGCAGUCCUGUACUGGAACAGGAGCGAAGCAUGGAAUCUCUGUCGAUUCCAUUUGAGACUGAAAUGCUUCAAAGUCAGAAUCUUAUCCCCAUACCCCCUCUUCAGUCUUUUGUGGAGGUAGAGAAACGGGAUGUUGAAUUCUCGACCAAUGCAACUGAGGCAGCUGAGGCGCUGAGUGAAAUGAAUGAAGCAUCCAACCAGGGAGUAAACCCUGAUGGAACGAGGUGGUGGAAGGAGACGGGCAUAGAACAAAGGCCCGAUGGGGUGGUUUGUAAGUGGACGCUGAUCAGAGGCGUUAGUGCUGAUAAAAGUGUUGAGUGGGAAAACAAAUACUGGGAAGCUGCUGAUGAGCUUGCUUAUAAGGAGCUUGGUUCUGAGAAAUCUGGUCGGGAUGCUGCAGGAAAUGUGUGGCGUGAAUUCUGGAGGGAAUCGAUGAUGGAGAUUGAUGGUUCUGUCCAUCUUGAGAAAACAGCAGAAAAGUGGGGAGUCAAUAUGCAAGGGACUGAGUGGCAGGAGAAAUGGUUUGAGCACUAUGGUGCAGGCCAAGCCGAGAAGUGGGCUCACAAGUGGUGCAGCAUCGAUCCAAACACUCCUUUAGAAGCUGGUCAUGCACACGUCUGGCACGAAAGGUGGGGUGAGAAGUAUGAUGGACACGGAGGGAGCACGAAAUACACAGACAAAUGGGCUGAGCGCUUUGAGGGCGAUGGAUGGGCUAAAUGGGGCGAUAAAUGGGAUGAGAAUUUUGACGCAAACAGCCAGGGGGUGAAGCAAGGGGAGAGCUGGUGGGAAGGGAAAUAUGGAGACCGUUGGAACCGAACAUGGGGUGAAGGCCACAAUGGUUCGGGGUGGGUGCACAAGUAUGGAAAGAGCAGCUGUGGUGAGCAUUGGGACACUCAUGUUCAACAAGAUACGUGGUACGAGAGGUUUCCACAUUACGGUUUCUACCAUUGCUUUGAGAACUCAACUCAGCUACGCAGCGUUAAGAAGCCAUCCGAGUGGCCGGAGAACAGUUGAUGCCAUUAUUAUUACCUUACUAGGCCCCAUUUGGUAGCUGAGUUUGGGAUUUGCCAUGUUAGUUUAUAAACAAUCUCAUGGGUAGUAUUCCUAGGUUGAGAUUUUCAAUUCCCAAGUAAAACUGAAUAAGUCCUCUAUCCUAGUAAAAUAUAGCUACCAAAUGGACCCUACGUAUAUAUACAUGUAAUAUGAUAUAUGAUCAUCCUGUUUCUCAGGUCUCAGCUUAUAAUAGAGUGAGAGUAGAUAUUUACUUUCUA